ACCUCGGAGGCCAGGCAGUUAACGGCAGCCUGGGCGCAUUUGCUGACUGUGCGCCUGCGCGAGCUGUGGGACGCUAACCGAAAUCUGCGGGUCUGCAGUAAGUUUGGUGGCAGGAGUCUCUGCGGCUGGCUGACCCUGGUGGGACCGGAGGGGGCCUGAUGGAAGAAACUUGUCAGUGAUUGUGCUUCAUAUUGGAGGUAGAAUCUAGAGUCAAGAUUUUCUCACUUUAAGGAAUUCUGAUGGCAGAAAGAAGAAGGUCCUACAGCAUAGGGGAAGCAAUGGAGGAACUUGUGGAACCUGAUGGACAAAAACGGGCCAAUAUGGAUCCAGAAGAACGAAUGUUAGCAGCUGCUACAGCUUUUACCCGUAUCUGUGCAGAGCAGGGUGAGGGAGAUGUGAGGAGAGAAGCCCAGGCAAUCCAAUAUGAUCCCUACAGUAAAGCUUCAGUAACCCCAGGAAGGAGACCUGCUCUUCCUGUGCAGCUGCAUUACCCACAUGUAGAAAGUAGUGCCCCUUCAGAAGCAGUCUCAGAGGCCUCCCAAAGAUUCCGAAAGCCGGUGAUGAAGAGAAAGGUACUACGUAGAAAGCCAGGUGGGGAAGUUUUAGUGACGGAUGAGUCGAUUAUCAGUGAAUCAGAAUUUGGUACAGAAAGUGACAUGAAUGUCUGGGACUUAAGACAAAGGCUGAUGAAUCUGCAGUUCCAGGAAGACAGGGAAUCCUCAGUUGAUAUUUCACAAAAAUUUAGUCUACCCCAUGAAUACCAAGGAGUUUCUCAAGAUCAGCUUGUUUGCUAUCUACAAAGAGAAGAAAUGGGACCUCAAGCUUAUGAACAAGACCUGAUUGUUGCCAGCCGACCCAAGUCCUUUAUUCUCCCAAGGCUGGACCAGUUAAGCCGAAACCGGGGCAAGAUAGACCGGGUAGCCCGAUAUUUUGAAUAUAAACGAGACUGGGACUCAAUGAGGUUACCUGGUGAAGAUCAUAGGAAGGAAUUACGCUGGGGUGUCCGAGAGCAGAUGCUUUGUCGGGCAGAACCCCAACCCAAGCCUCAGCACAUAUAUGUUCCAAACAAUUACCUAGUACCAACUGAGAAGAAACGAUCUGCCCUUCGUUGGGGUGUUCGUUGUGACCUUGCAAAUGGUGUAAUGCCCAAGAAGCUUCCCUUCCCUCUUUCUCCUUCUUAGGUCUUUUAUUUAUUUUUUUAAACCUGUCUCCUUUCACAGGACUGUUUGCAAUUACUUAAAUAGAAAGAUCUAACUUGAAAGCCCAUGGAACAUUAUAGAGUAAGGAUUUCACCCAUCACUGGUCUUUCCUAGGUAUGUAUCACAUUGGUAUCAGAAACCACUUAACUUCCAGAUUACCACUCAAGUCCAGCAAUUACAAGAGGAAUCAUGCCAGAAAAAGAAAGAGAGACCUGGUCUUUCUGUUUUGUCGGAUUAGUAAGCAAAGCCAGCACUGUUUCUGUUUCAUAAUCUUGUUACCUUUGGCCAAUGUGAGUUGCUGUUUUUUAAACAUGUUUUUAAAGUUGUUGGGCAGUAAGCUUAUCUAUUAAAGAAUUUUGGGAAUUUGUGAA